UUAAGUGCACUCUCCGGGGGCUGACCUCAUCUAAGCAACGGUCGGAGCGCCAGUCUCCACCCGCUGCUAAAAGGUGGUAAACGCAAGCAAUUUCCGUGGGCGUGUGAAGGACCACCCGAGGCAAGAAUCCUGCCAGCCGCGAGCCCGAGAUUCGCCCCCCAACCAUGCCCGCGGGCGUGUCCUGGGCCACCUACCUGAAAAUGUUCGCUGCCAGCCUCCUGACCAUGUGCGCCGGGGCCGAGGCGGUGCACAGGUACUACCGGCCGGACCUGACAAUACCUGAAAUUCCACCAAAGCCUGGAGAAAUCAAAACGGAGCUUUUGGGACUGAAAAAGAGACAACAUGAACCUCAAAUUUCUCAACAAUAGAAACCUCAAAAUACUUAACUCUGCCAAGAACUCUGUAGAAUAAUAUAAGUAUUAAACAUAUAUUUUUAAAGUU